ACUCAAUUAAAUACAGUCAAAUGCGCAUCAGAAUGCUUUGUAGGUCAAAUCGUAAUGUGAUAUCACAGACUAGAAAGUCAUAAGUAAAGAAUAAAUGGGCAAAAUAGAAAAACUUUGUUGACACCAAUCAACAUCUCUUGUUUAUUAAUAAUUCGUUGCUCUCAUUUUCAUUACACUGCAAAAUUGCAAGUUGAUACACAAACUCAUCCUCCCAUGGCCAACCUUUUUUUGUUUUCUAUUAUUACACUGUUUCUUCUCCACUUCUGCUGCGGUUGUAUUGAGGCGGAAGCCCACGAUCUUCUUCUCUUCAAAGCCGCCUUAAAGUACUCUUCUGGUUCCUAUGCCUAUCUGAGUUCAUGGGAGAAGGGAACAGAAUGUUGCCUCUGGGACGGCAUCUCCUGUGAUAACACCACCCACGUAGUCUCUGUUGAUAUUCACGGACUUGGAGGAGGAGUCAUAUCUCAGAGCUUGUGCAGACUCACUUCUCUUACAAGCAUUGACCUCUCUGGCAAUGGACUAACAGGUACUCUGCCUCCCUGUUUAGGAAACCUGUCUUAUCUCAUAAAACUGAACUUAAAUGGGAAUAUGUUGAGUGGGAACAUUCCGUUGUCCUUUGGGAACAUGUCAUUGCUCCAAUACUUUGAUGUUUCUAGUAACAUUUUAGGUGGCAGUAUCCCAGAUUCCAUGGGCAAUCUCUCUUCACUGGAAACUAUGCAGUUGUCUUAUAAUACUUUAAGUGGUAGUAUCCCAGAUUCCUUGGGCAAUCUCUCUUCACUGAGACUAAUGGAUCUGUCUCAUAACGGUUUAAGUGGUAGUAUUCCAGAUUCUUUAGGCAAUCUCUCUUCGCUGGAAACUAUAAAUCUGUCCUACAAUAUUUUAAGUGGCAGUAUCUCAGAUUCCUUUGGCAAUCUCUCUUCACUGAAAGUGAUGGAUCUGUCUCAUAAUACUUUAAGUGGUAGUAUACCACAUUCCUUAGGUAAUCUCUCUUCGUUGGAAACCAUGUUUCUGGGUUAUAACACUUUAAGUACCAGAAUUCCAGGUUCUUUGGGCAAUCUCUCUUCACUGGAACUGAUGGAUCUGUCUCAUAAUGUUUUGAGUGGUAGAAUCCCAGAUUCCUUGGGCAAUCUCUUUUCGCUGAGAACUAUUUAUCUGAACUAUAACAUUUUAGGUGGUAGUAUCCCAGAUUCCUUGGACAAUCUCUCUACAUUGAAACUGAUAGAUCUAUCUCAUAACACAUUAAGUGGUAGCAUCCCAGAUUCCUUGGGCAAUCUCUCUGCACUAGAGAAUCUGUUCCUGGAUUAUAACACUUUAAGUGGUAGUAUCCCAAAUUCCUUGAGCAAUCUAUCUUCACUGAAAUGGAUGGAUUUAUCUGGGAACCAACUGAAUGGAACUCUUCCCUCCUCAGCGCUACCCUCUUCACUUGAACAGCUCUCACUCUCCCUAAACGGCCAUCAGAUUAUUCAGCUUACUUUCAAAAGCUUGGCAAAUUAG